AUGACUCGUUUCGGCCCUACAGAGUACGAGUGCUUUGACGAGGCACUAUCCAGAGUAAAACAAACUGGGACUCUCCGGGAUUAUCAGUGUGAGUUUGAAAGGUUGGCGAACAGAGUUGACUGGCCCCAAUCGGCUCUAGUCGGCACUUUCCUUGGAUGUCUACGUGAGGACAUAGCGGUCGAAGUACGAAUGGCUAAGCCGAAGACUCUACGCGAUGCUAUAGGGGUGGCCAGGAUGAAGGAUGACCAGCUCGUGAGGAAAAGAAGGCAAGCACGGGUCGAAGUGACGCGAACUAUCCCGCAAACACGAAUUAUCACAGCUACCCCACCUGCAACAGCACCUACUGCACCAAGGCAGGUUGUUGGCUCUCCGGUUAAGCGCAUAUCAUGGGAAGAGAUGCAGCGGAGGCAAGAGAAAGCUCUGUGCUUCAAUUGUAAUGAUCGAUUCACCCAUGGCCAUAAAUGUAAAGUGCCACAACUCUUCUUCAUCGAAGGAGGAGAGGUCAAGGAAAGCGAAUCUAAUUCCAACUCUGGGCCAAUAAUUAAAGAAUUAGAGCAGGAAGGUGUAGAUGAGCAAGCCGAGAUCACUCUCCAUGCCUUUUCGGGAUGGAAAGGGCCACUAACUUCAACAGAUAAUUUCAAUGUGAAGAUUGCAGAUGGAGGCCAACUAUCUUGCCAAGAGAAGCAUGAGACUGUACCACUGGAGAUCCAAGGUUUUUCUUUUGCUGUCACAUUGUUUUCACUUCCAUUACAAGGGUUAGAUGUUGUACUAGGCGUGCAAUGGUUGGUGGAAUUGGGCCCUGUGUUGUGUGAUUGGCGCAACAUGACAAUGAAAUUUAAUUGGCAAGGAAAGUCUCGCGUGCUUCAUGGUCAAAAGGAAUCCUCUUCAACAGUAAUUACUAUGCAGUCACUUGAGAAAGAAAUUGGUGGUGGGGGCACCUUAUUUGCGUUAGUGGUAAAUGAAGUAAAAAUUGAUAAGGAUAAUGCUCCACUAGUGCCCAAUGAUAUAGAUAAAAUACUGAAGGAGUUUGCUGCCAUUUUUGAGGAACCACCGACAAGUGACGGAAAUGCUGGAAAAUGGGACCAUCGCCCUAGUCGCAGCCCUUUUUCCUCGCCAGUCCUACUGGUUAAGAAAAAGGAUGGGUCUUGGCGUUUUUGUACUGAUUAUAGGACGCUAAAUGAAGCAACAAUAAAGGACCGCUUUCCAAUUCCAACCGUGGAUGACAUGAUCGAUGAAUUACAUGGAGCCAAGUAUUUCACCAAGCUUGACCUUAGAGCUGGAUACCAUCAAAUUCGAGUUCAUCCUGAUGAUGUGCAUAAGACAGCUUUUCGAACACAUAGUGGACAUUACGAAUAUCUCGUCGUGCCUUUUGGCCUUUGUAAUGCGCCUUCAACAUUCCAAGCCACCAUGAAUUCCAUCUUCAAGCCGUUCUUAUGUAAGUUUGUACUUGUAUUUUUUGAAGAUAUUUUGGUGUAUAGUCGCUCUUGGGAGGUGCAUGUAGAACACAUCAGAGUGGUUUUUAAAAUUUUGCACAAUCAACAAUUUUUCCUUAAACGCUCUAAGUGUGCAUUCGGACAAACAAAGGUGGAUUAUUUGGGGCACAUAAUUUCGAAUGACGGAGUACAAGUGGAUGAAAGUAAGAUUGCAGCCAUAAAAGAAUUGGCCUAGACCCACCAACUUAACAGAGCUCAGGGGUUCCUUAGGACUUACGGGGUAUUAUCGUAAGUUUGUGUGUGAUUACGGAAUUAUUGCAGCCCCUCUAACACAAUUGUUGAAGAAAGGACAAUUCCACUGGGAUGAAAAUGCAGUAAAAGCUUUUGAGAUGCUCAAACUUGCUAUGACUACAACACCGGUAUCGGCCAUUCCUAAUUUUACUGAAACUUUUGUCAUUGAAACUGAUGCUUCAGAUGUAGGUAUUCGAGCUAUAUUGUCUCAACAAGAAAGACCAGUGGCUUUUUUGAGUAAAGCAUUGGGUCCAGGAAAGAAAGCUUGGCCUAUUUAUUCAAAGGAGAUGCUUGCUAUCCUUGAAGCUAUUCGAUGUUGGAGACCAUAUCUUUUAGGUAGAAAAUUUCAGAUCUUAACCGACCAACGCAGCUUGCGGUAUUUCUUGGAGCAACGUGUAGCCACCCCAGAGCAACAGAAAUGGGCCACAAAGUUGCUACGCUACGAAUAUGGAAUAGUAUAUAGGCCUGGCAAGGAGAACAGGGCAGCAGAUUCACUUUCUAGGAAAGUGGGGUCACAGACUCUAUUGGCAAUUUCAGAGCCACAAUUCGUUAUAUGGGAUGAAAUAAAAAGGGAAGCAGCUAAAAGCCCAUGGGUUCAAGAAAUAAGAAGUCACCUAGAAUCUGAUGAUGAAGGGGCACAGAAUUAUGAAUGGAGGAAUGAAUUAUUAUGGUUCAAGGGACGAGUAGCCAUUCCACCAGAUUCAGCCUUGAUUCUAUUCUACUCCAGGAGUUCCAUGAUACAAAAAUAGGAGGCCAUUCAGGAGUAUUGCGGACUUGGAAGAGAAUUGCCCAAGCCUUUCGUUGGAACGGACUCAAGAAAGAUGUGCAGAAUUAUGUAGCAGCGUGCGAUGUGUGCCAACGAAAUAAGACUGACUCUCGAUCACCAGCGGGUCUCCUUCAACCUCUUCCCGUGCCUUCACAAGUAUGGGAUGAUAUUUCUCUUGAUUUCAUAGAUGGGUUGCCAAGCUCCAAUGGAAAAAAUGGCAUACUGGUGGUAGUAGAUCGCCUCUCAAAAUAUGGCCACUUCAUCGCCGUGGCUCAUCCAUUCACGGCCAAGAAAAUUGCAGAGGUGUAUGUUGAAAAUGUGGCUCGCCUCCACUGUGUUCCUCGAACUAUUAUUAUGAUCGUGGUGCUUUGUUUACAAGUAAUCUUUGGCAGGAAUUCUUUAAGUUGCAAGGGACGCAAUUAAAGGUGUCGUCUGCAUAUCAUCCCGAGACUGAUGGUCAAACAGAAGUAGUGAAUCGAAGCCUCCAGCAAUAUCUUCACUGCCUAUCAAGUCAAGCACCAAAACAAUGGAGUUAUCAGUUACCAUGGGCAGAAUUCUGGUAUAAUACCACAUUCCACCGUGCAAUUGGGCCCACCUCUUUUCAGGCUUUGUAUGGAAGACCUCCGCCUGUAAUCACUCGUUAUUUGCCGGUUGUGCAGGAAGUGGAUAAAGCGCUAUGUGACCGGGAUGAAUUGCUGCAACGCCUAAAGCAAAAUUUGGAAAAGGCCAGGAACCGAAUGAAGCAACAAGCAGAUGCCCACCGCCGUGAUGAGUCCUUUGAGGUGAAUGAUUGGGUUUUUCUGAAAUUACAACCAUUCAGAUAGCAAUCAGUGUUCAAACGAGCUCAUCAAAAGCUUGCUAAUAAAUACUUUGGACCUUAUAGGGUGAUGGAAAAAUAGGGGCUGUAGCUUACAAAUUGGAGCUGCCAGAACAUUCGAAAGUACACCCAGUAUUCCACAUAUCCUGUCUUAAACGACGCAUCGGAACUGGAGAAGUUUCACGGUGCACGGCACCUCCCGUUUCUGAAGAUGGUUGUCUUGAGCUUGAACCAAUUGCUGCCAAGGAUUUUCGCUGGGUAAAGCAGGGUAACAGAAUUGUAGGGGAAGCGUUGGUACAAUGGAAGCAUAUGCCUGAUGAAGAAGCCACCUGGGAAUCAACCGAACGCGUGCAGAACCAAUUCCCAAAUUUCCACCUUGAGGACAAGGUUGAAGUUCCAGGGGCGGCGAAUGGUGAGCCUCGAAGAAUAAGGAAGCCCAAUCCCAAGUAUUUGUCCAUGUUAGCCGCAGAACCAGGAGGACCAAUUCAAAAGCUGCUGGAAACAUCUGAUCUGUUUUGAUCUAUUCCUUAUCUUCAGGUCCAAGUAAAGGAGAACGUGGCUUGAGUUUAGGUAGAAUUGUUGAGUUUGUUUAGGAAUCUAAGCUAUAAAUAAGUGUCCUUGGACAGUAGAGUAGGCAUAAAAAUUGAAUUGAUUGUAUCUGUGGUUUGUCUCCAGCCCAAAUUGGAGAAUUUCUAUUGCAAUUUUCUAUUUUCAGCUUGUUUAGUUUACUUUGUUCCAACAACGAGGCCCGUAAGAAACUGCGGGAAUUGAAGCACAAGAGCAUCAUUCGUGAAUACAUCAAGGAAUUCACGACCCUCAUGCUCCAGAUUCCUAGCAUGCCUGAUGAUGUGUUAUUGUUCUAUUUCUUGGAUGGUUGUGCAAAUUGGGUAAGACAGGAACUGCAGUGUCGGGGAAUUAAGACAGUGGACGAAGCCAUUGUUGUGGCGGAGUCAUUAACCGAAUUCCA